UAUUUCCUAGAUUCAAAUAGUUCAUGUGCAGAUGAAAGGCAGAUGGCACAGGACAAUUCAUCACCUCUCGCAGAAGUUAACAAGUCGCUGUCAGUACAGAUUGGUGAAAAGGCCGUUCUCUGUUGCCCUGUUCUCCCACCAACAAGCAAGCUGGUGAUGAUAACGUGGGAAGUAAUCCUCAGAGGCAAGCUUCUCUGCAGAUUGUCCUACAAGCCAGACACAAAGGAGACCGCCACACCCAGCUGUACUAAUGGGAGGAUAACCUGGGCCUCCAGACCUGACCGGAAUCCUCACCUUCAGAUUGAUGCUGUGGCUGUCACUCAUGAUGGACUUUACAGUUGUGACAUAGUAACGGCUGAUGGGAAUUAUCGUCUUGGAUAUAACCUCCAAGUGUUAGUGCCCCCUGAAGUGACCCUGACCCGAGGCAAGAACAGAACUGUGGUGUGUGAGGCAGUUGCAGGCAAGCCAGCUGCACGGAUCUCCUGGACCCCACAGGGGCAUUGUACCACUGAGAAAGAAUGGUCAGACAAUGACACGGUGACGGUCAGGAGUACCUGGCACUGCCCAGAUAGUAAUGCGUCUGCUGUGACCUGCUUGGUCUCCCAUUUGACUGGCAACAGGAGUCUAUCCUUACAGCUGUCUUCUGAUAGCAAAGAAAGUAAGCAAUAUACUAGGUUCAUCAUCCCCCCUAUUAUUUUGAUCAUCGUGGGAUGCAUUUGGCUUUUGAAAAUCAAUGGCUUCAGGAAAUGUAAAUUGAGAAAAUCAGAUGCUGUUCCUGUUAUUGAAGAGGACGAAAUGCAGCCUUAUGCUAGCUACACAGAGAAGAGUAAUCCACUCUAUGACACUGCCAGCAAGGCAAAGACGCCUUAGGUGUCACCAAGUGAAGCUGAUGGCACAGGUCUGCAUACUUUAUCAGUUAUUGGAAUCUAGCACCAGGAAAAAUGAAUCAAGAUACAUUACAAUUACUGUUUUGAUUUUCUUACAGUGCUAGAAUGGAAGGCCUAUUAUGAAAUUAGUUUGUUAGAGGUUCUUAGAAGACAAAGACACUCUAAUAGAUUUGCAUUUAUAUCCUUCUACAAUUGGAAUUUUAGAAUUUUAGCUGCUACCAGCUUGUUCUUUGAAGAACUGAUGUUAUCAUUACAAUGAAAGCAUGUGUUUAUGGUAUGGUAAAAUAUUCAAAUUGUGCAAUACAGUAUAUAAUGAAAAUGAGUUUCCCCAAGAAAUAACUUUGCAGAAGGAACAAUCAUUAGGAGUUUCUUAUGUAUUCUUCCAGAACAAUUCCAUGUACAUAGGAUGUGUCUAUAUGCUUAUAGUAUGUGUAUGCAUUUAUGUCUGUUUACAUGUGUUUACAUCUCCCUAUCAAGACACAAAUGGGACCAUACUGUAAUGCUGUUCUGUACUUAUAAAAAGUUAAUAAUGUGAGUCUUGAAAAUCUUUGUGUCAGCACAAGCAAAGCUACCUCAUUCUUUUAAAUGGCUGCAUAAAAUUUCAUUGUAUGAUUAAGUCAUAAUUUAAUUAACCAAAGCCCUAUAUUGUUUUAAGCUUUAGACAUAUAGAUUGUUUUAAGUUUGAUUUCUGGUAUAAACAAUACCAUAUAGAAUGUUUUUUGUGAAUACAGCUCUUUGUAUUGUUUGAAUGUAACUGUAGGAUAAUUUUCUUGAGUGGAAUUUCCAGGUCAGUGAAUAUGCAUUUUUAUUAUUGAUAAAUAUGUCAAAAUGUAUCAACAGUGUUUAAGUGUAACCAACAGUGCUUGAAUGUGCCUUUUCCUGGAUUCUUAUUUUUGUAUCUGCAAGAUUCUCAUUUCCUCAGUUCCCACUUUCCUUUUUCUAAUU